GACACUUUAUGUUACGCUUGAACCAUGCCCUAUGUGUGCUAGAGCCAUCCUUAAAGCCCGGAUCGACACAAUUGUAUGGGGCGCUCCAAAUAAGCUACUUGGAGCUGAUGGCAGCUGGAUCAGACUUUUUCCUGAUGUGGGUGGAAGUGGAUCCGGGUUGGAUAAACCGCCCGCCCCUGUGCACCCGUUUCACCCAAAUAUGAUAAUAAGAAGAGGGGUAUUAUCGUCCGAAUGUGCGGAUGUAAUGCAACAGUUUUUCCAGUUACGGAGAAAAAAGAAAGACAAGAAACCGGAAGCUGAACCAGCAUCUCCACCUCAACCGUCAUGUCUUCCCAUCCCACACCAUCAUAAUUCAAAGUUGGUCACGAAAUUGCAUGAUGUCUUCGGCAUGAUGUUUUGUUUAUAAAUCAAAUCUUUGUGACUCGUCAUUCUGCUUUUGAUAAG